UGGUUGUGAAACUGAGAGAUUUAGUUGCCUCAUCUGUAGAAUGAGGAUAAUAAUAACAACCACCUGGCAGAAGUGCAGCGAGGGAGACACCAGCCCAAAUCACUUAACGCGUGAAGACCAGAGCUGUGGGCAGGCUUGAGGGAGCAGUCAGAGGUGGCUGAGCCUGAAGUUUCCAGCCUGGUGAUGUAAUUCGUGACACAUUUAUGUUUGGGGUGGAUAGAAAAACAGAGAGGGGGAGAUGGUGGAGCUGUUGCAUCCGUCCAGGGGCUGACUUGUUUAGGUCCAAGUUAUUCUCUUCACGUUUCUCAGUGGACUAAAAUCUUUUCUGAGUUUGGACAAAGCUGAGUAGUCAGUGUGCUGCUGAAGCAACUCCUUUGCAAAUGAGCUCAACUAGGGUUUGUUCAGUGUUUACUAUGUGCCGGGCGUUGCAUCAGGGCUGGUGUGCAGAAGUGAACAGGACACACAGUGCCUCCUCUUGAGUCCACAGACAUUCCACAGAUGAACACACACCAGGACUGUGGUCGACAACACAGUGCCACCAAAACCCCAACCAGCAUGUGUAUGGGGCACACAAUGGGGAUCAGGAGGUCAGUGAGGCCCCCCGAGGAAGGUUACUUUAGGUGAGACCUGAAUAGCGAGGAGUUUGGCCGAGGAGAGAGAGAGCAGGAGCAUCAGUGGCUUGUGAGGAGGCCCGAGGCUGGGAAAGCUCAGUGAACUGGAGGAACUCAUCUGAGGCCAGUGCUGGGACAGGAACGGGAUGAGGUCAGAGAGGAAGCUGGAGGCCUGGGAGCCACUGAGAAGUUUAAGCCGAGGAAUCCCUUGAAAGGGUGAGGCAGAGAGUUGACAUUAGCAGACUUGAGAGGAUCCUGACCUUGGAAGGAAAAUGAACAGGAGGAGAUGAGGUUGGAGGUGACGCAGGACAUCCAUGAGGAGGCCAUGUUUGGGCCAGGUGAGACAUGAGGGUGGCUUGGAACUAGGUGCUGGCUGUGGAUAUGGAUUUGAGAAAAAUCUUGAACCUUUUGGUAGAUUGGAAGUAGACUGAGUGGGAAAGGAGAAUGACCCUCGAGUUGUUGCCAGAUAUGACUGGGUGAACAGAGGUGCCCUUUACUGAGAUGAAGAAGUCACAGGAAGUGAGGGUCUGGAGAGGAAGACCCAGUCUCUGUGGUUUUCCUUUGGAGACUGUAGAAUCAGGCCUUUCCUGGUGUACGUGGCAGCCUGGCAGAGAGGGGGUCUGAAUGGCUGUACCCAAGCCAUGGGGGAUAUUAGAACAUUAGCAACCUGCAGGGCACUGUCCAUUCAGUGUGGGCAGGGCCUGGGUCCUGGUGCUGAACUGAAAGCUCUUGAUGUCUAGUGUUAACCCCUCAGUUGCCAGUUUGUGGGGAGCUCGUGGGUCAUCUGUUGAUGAAGAAAAGAAAAGCAGCUACACUAGGGGCCGUGGUCCUGUGUGAUUUAUCAACUGACAUGGAAUCAUUUCAGUACUGAACAGCCAGUACAGCCAGACCUAUACUUAGGACUAGGUAUUAGUCUUGGCUGUAACACCCAUAGUCCCUACAUCCGUGGUUUGGAAGCUAGCCCACCUGGAGUGUAGCAGUUGUUCAACAAAUGGUUACUGAGUCUGCGUCUCUCUCUGGCCACCCGCAGGGUUGUUUCAGUGUAUCUGUACCUACCCUCUUUUUGCUGCUCUGAUCAUGCUGUUUCCUUCUUGAUAACUGGGGUGCGCUGUCCACAGGGCAGAGCAGAGUCUGCUUGGAUUGCUUUUUGCAAGGUUUCACUUUCAAGUGGCGGAAGGAGACAGAGAAGGGUGGACUGGGGGCGCUUAGAGGGGGCCCCAGGGCCUGGUCUCUAUAGACACCCCUGCAACCUUUGCCAGGCUCUGCUUUUCCCUGCUCUCCUGGGAACCACCUGCUUCUCAGACAUGAGGAAACUGUGGCACCCAGCAUUGGAUCUGGAAGCAGGGUUUGGGGCUCUGAGCAGCUAAUUGCAGGUGCAAACUUUGGGGGCAGAUUUGGGGUCUGCUGGGGUCCCUGAACCAUGUCAAGCUGCCGAUUUAAAGAUGCUCCAGAAGUCUCAGCCUUUCAAAGCAGAUGAGGAAACUGAGGCUGGGAAGGUCAAGAAACUUGCCUAAGGCAGUAACACAGAGAGUGGCCACGUCCGGAGAAGAACUCAGCAGUCAGCCCCAGAAUCUGUCCUUCCCAGAACCAUAGGCUGUCUCACUUCUCCAAAGUAAGCGGUUUGGAGGUCUUUUCUCUGACUAGGACUCAUUUUAUAGUCUCUGCUGCUCUGGGAUCCUCUACUCUGAGACUGAAAUCUUCCACAAAUACAGAGAGGAAGAGGAUUAACUCAUCAGUGGGAAAUUGACUGAGCACCUGCUGUGUGCAGGGCCAUGUCCUUGGACUCUAGAAGGAAAGGGCUGGGGUGAGAUUGAGAUUCAGGUGAACUAAACAACAGCAGGACAGGGUGCCUGUGACGGGAGCCACGGUCUCCUUGAGGAGGAUGUAGUCUGUCUCUGAUGCUUCUCAGUGAUUCCCUGCUCAUAGUUAUGGGACAACAGAACCGCAGGCAGGAGCUGGCAUGUCCUUCAUGGUGAGGGGCCUGAGUCUGGGCCCCCUGUCCUGGGGCGUUACCAGAAGUGUGUGAACAGUGGAGAGAUGGAGGGACGGUUUCCACCAUGGGGUCCCAGGUGCUGAGAAAGGAAGAGUCUGGUUUUCUGGGCAGAGUCGGGCUGUGCUGCAGGUGCUGUUGGGGUGGGAAGGGAAGGAGUGGUUGUUUCCCAAGCAAGCCUAAUGGCUCUCUAGCACCACAGAGGCAUUCAAAAGGGCUGGAAGGAGCCUGGCUCAGUCCUUUCUUGGCAUCAGAGUUGUGUGGGGCCCACCACUCCAUUAGCAUAAUGAGCCAGUAGGAAAGGCUCUGUUCCUGCUGGAGACUAUUGCCAGCCCUGAGCCCUCCUCUCUUUUCUGAGGCCCCAGUACUCUGGGCUGGCCCUGCCUCCUGACCUCUCUCCCCAGCUCUAAGGAAAUGGAGGAUUGCUUCGGCCACUCUGUGCUCUGCCAUCUCACCUCCCUGCUUCUCAUCCAGCUGCUCACUGGGGGGUCCGCAGAGGAGUUCUUCGUGAUUGGCCCCUCAGACCCCAUUGUGGCAACGCUAGGCGGGGACAUCACACUGCCCUGUCGUGUGUCCCCAACCAUGAGUGUGGAGAACAUGGAGCUGAGGUGGUUCCGCUCCAAGUUCUCAGAAGUUGUGUUCGUCUAUCAAAACCAGCGGGAGCAGAACGAGGAGCAGAUGGCCCAGUAUGCAGGGCGGACCUCGCUGGUGAGGGACCUCCUCACCCAGGGGGAGGCUGCAGUGCAAAUCCACAAGGUCCAGGCUUCUGACAAUGGGCUAUAUACCUGCUUCUUCAGAAAGGGAGGCUUCUAUGAAGAGGCCAGUUUGGAACUGAAGGUGGCAGGUGUGGGCUCUGCCCCUCAGGUGUACAUCAAAGGGCUGGAGGAGGAUGGCAUCCGCGUGGUGUGCAUGGCCUCAGGGUGGUUCCCGAAGCCCCAGGUGCAAUGGAGGGACCUCAGUGGAGAGAAGUUCCUGGCAUUCUCUGAGGCCCAUGCCCAAGAUGAGGAAGGGCUGUUCAGUGUGGAAGCCUCUCUGGUGGUGAGAGACAGCUCUGCAGGGAAUGUGACCUGCUCCAUCCUUAACCCUAUCCUGGGCCAGGAGAAGGCGAUGGCCAUUUUCAUCCCAGAGCCCUUCUUCCCCCAGGCCUCUCCGUGGAAGCUGGCUUUUAUGGUGAGCCUGACUGUGCUGGUGCUCCUACUCCUUGGGGCUGGCUACUGCACCAAGAGAGAACGUUCUGCAAAGUUUCAGGAGAUGCAGAAACAGGAUGAUCUGUGCCAGGCUAAGAAAGAAGACUGUCAGACAAAGGAGGAGGCACUGAAGGCCAUAGAUGAACUCCAGGCAGAUCUCAGUUGGAGGAAAUCAGUUUACCUGGCUGCCUGGAGGAAGGCCCAGCUGUAUGCGGAUUGGCGGAAGGAGAAGUUCCAGGCCUGGUCUGUCACUCUGGAUCCAGGCUCUGCCCAUCCCAGCCUUGCCGUCUCUCAUGAAAAGAUGAGUCUGACCUGGAAGGACACCUGUGUGGACUCAGAAGGCAGCUGCAGUAUCUUGGGCCUUGAGGGCAUCACAUCAGGGCGCUGUUACUGGGAGGUGGCGGUCAGGAGUGGAGACAGAAGCGAGUGGGCUCUGGGGGUCUGUAGCAAAGAUGUGAAAAGAAAGGGCUGGUACAGAGAGUGCCCAGAGAAGGGGUUCUGGAUUGUGGGGCAUUAUGAAAAGAAUUAUUGUGCCUGUACUAUCCCUCAGACUUUGCUAUUUCUUAGGCAAGUUCCCCACAGGGUGGGGGUUUUCGUGGACUACAAUGAAGGGGAUGUCUCCUUCUAUAACAUGACUGAUGGCUCCCACAUUUUCUCCUUCCCUCAGGCUUCUUUCUCUGGGAUGCUCUUUCCAUACUUCACGCUUAAGUCAGGAGAUGUGUCCCUGACCAUCUGCCCUAUGGGGGGUGGGCCUGAGGGGUUCCCUGUGCCCCUUAACAGUUCUCCUUCUGUGGAAGAGCCUGUGAGCCUCCCAGGGGAGGGGUUCAGCUCAGGCUCUGGUGUUGAUAGUGCUCCUCUAGGGGUUGAAUCUCCGUUACUCCCCUGAAACCUUGAGGCUGUGUCCAUAUAGGGCCCCAUCACUGUCCCAGAGCCCUCGCCAUGGCUCUUCUGAGAGCUGCAGACUCCCUGUGGCAAAGGCCUCUGAGGUGAGUUCUGGAUGGCUAGGAGCCUUGUCCUCCUGCUAUAGAUGCAGAUUGCUGGGGAUGUGAUUAUGAGAAUAGUUAGUUCGUGCCUUGUGCUCAGGUAGCAGAUUAUAAAAGUGGACUGAGCUGGUUUGGGGUAGGCUGAAUUUUACUAUGUGAAGUUGUUUUUUUCCGAUAAUAAAAAAUAUUUCAUGAGAUCUUUUUAUUGUUUAGAUCUGAAAGGGGAUGAGGGGGUGAAUUACUCUGCAGAAUAAAGCAGAGUUUACUUUAUCCAACUUGAGUUUGUGCAGAAGAACCCAGAGGCUGAGGGUGGGUCCCCACCUCUAUCUUGGAGGAUCCGUACUAUCUGUCCAGAAAAACAUCCAAAAUUACCAGGGAAAUGGAUGGCUGAUGGACUUUUAAGAGGAUUCUAUUAUUUUGCUUUACAUAUUUCCCAUUCCGGGAUGGAUUAAACACACCAAUUUUUCCAAACCUCAGUAAAUUUCUGUUACUUGUGAAAAACUUGUGCUGUUUUAAUUUAGGGAAUUAAGGAGAAGAAUCUAGAUUCUUCUUUUGUGUCAACACCAGGUGGAAAGAAGAGAACUGCUACCAGAAUUAAGGUGUGAAUGAAGAAGAUAAUUUUCAGAUGCAAGGUGAAUUUCAGAAAGCUUUGACCAUGAGCUUGGUUCUAGUUAUCAAUAUACUGCCUCUUAGUACUUCCAAGUCCAAUGGUAAAGGUUAAUGGGAAGUCAUAGCAAGUAGAAGGAAGCAGGACUAUUGAGAAAUCAGACCAUCAGGAAUGGAGGAGUAUUCACUCCAUCAGGUAGAGAACUCUGACCACCUGUGGUUCUGGGUGAGACGAGAAGACGUGGAAUGGGCAGUGGAAGAAGGAAGUCAUAGAUAAUGAUUCUGGCCUGUAACCAAUUGUAGGAAAGGACUGUAAUAGCUUUACAAUCCUUUUGUUAUGUGCGUGUUGAUUUGUAUUUACUAUCCAUUUCUUCCUCUCUCUUAUUCUUACUCUUAUGAUUUUAUUCAAGUUAUUGGAGGUUAUGUUUGUAAUAUAGUCUUUGGGUAACAGAGUAGUCAAUGGGACUGUGAAUUUCAGGAGUAAAUAAUAUAGCAGUGUUGGAUACAAUGACUGGAACUGCCUGUCUCCUCAUUUUGGGGAAAGGGUGAGAACUUCUUCACUUGUAAGAAUAGCUUUGUCUUGAUGGGUGAAAAUAUAGAGUUGUUGUGUUGUUAUAUGGAAGUUCAAAUGUGUGUAAAGUGAUAUAUAUGGAAGCUGAAUAGCCAAAGAUGUGGACUGUGCCAGUUACCAACUUAUUGCCUCUCAGUUCCAAAUCACCCUGUAUUUGCCUUGCUUUGUGAUACUCAAGUUGGACUCCAUAAACAUUUCUUCUUUGCUAUCUGGCACAAUGUUAGCCUUUGUCAGUAAAGUGAACUGGAGGGGACACUGCAAGUCAUAGCAGAAGAAACGGCUUCUCUUCUACUUCUGGUACUUUUCUUCUUGGUUCUAUGAUGAGACUGCCAGUGGCCUGCAGAAGGCCCAGUUUCUCUCACUUUUGGUGAAUUUGUCUGGCAUUGCAGCAGGCUGUUAUCUAGAAGGUUGUUUCCCAGGGAAUCUUGCCAGUACCCAGUGGGAGGUUUCCUGCCCACCAAUCUUGCCCACCAGUGGCAUGUCAGUGAACUCUACCUUCCAAUAAACUCUGAAUCUCAGUCUUGUUGGGGGGUCCUCUCCCAAAUUUCUUCCUUAUUGGGUACUUUGCCGUAGCCCUGGAGGUCAUGUCUGCUCCCCAUAUCUCCUAUUUCUGUAUUCUUUAGAACUUUCUUUUACCUCUUUUAGUAGUUAAACACAUUUUGCUAGUUAAUAAUUCUUUGCACCAAUUUUCCCUGAUCAAAUGACUGAUGUGGUUUCUGUCUUCUGACUGUACACUGACUGAUAUAAGCAUCUAAACUGCAAUGUAGCUUGGAGGAGGGCAUUGACCUGCUCAUAGUACAUCGGAAGAGAUAGUUGAGGCAUUUACAGAUUCAUUAAAAUGGCGCACCCCACAAUAAGAUCAUGCAAAUAUACUCUUUGGGGUCCUUGUGUGGAUUUUUAAGUACUCUACAUGUUAAUAUAUUAUCCAUAUGUUUAUCUCCUCUUCCAUUUAGCUUGUACCUUUAUGACAGCAUAUUACUUUUGGAUGAACCAUGGGCAUAUUUCCUUUGAAAUAGAGAGAAAAGGAAGAUAUGCAUGUAAUAUGAAUUAUUCUCACACAAAAUAGAAGUAAUCUUUUUAAACAAGUGCACUAGCUGCCUAAGUAAUUCCAGAAAGAAUGAUUAGUCAUCACUGUCGGUAAGCUUUGUCAGAAUUGACUGAUUUAAAAGUUACCUAGGUGGACAUGUGGUAAUGAGUUUGUUUUGGAAGUUGUAUUGAUCAAAGUUGCAAAAUACUUUUAUAAGCUUUUCAAUAUCAUUGUUUAGGAAAGCAUUUAAUUACACAGAAAGCAGACUUUUUUCUUGGCAACUUUUAUUGCAUCUACACUUUACGGUGUGGACCUCCUAAGCCAUAAUUUCCAUUUAUUUUUUUGCUAGGGCAGAGGUCACUUUACUUCCUUAAGAGACUCUUGGCUCCUCUCUUCAGAUGCAGGUUCUGUGAAGGCUCUCAGAUUUUAUAAGCGGUGCAAAGUAAUCCCACAGGCCAUGGCUCCACUUCACCAACCCCACAAGACAGCUGCUGUAGGUCCUAGUUUGAGCAGUGCUACCCACUCUCUAUUUAUUUACUUUUUUUCUCGUGGUUUCUCACCAUCUGUUAAUAUCCCCUCAAUUAUUACCCGUGAAAUCUUUUCCUUAUAUUGUUAAGAAACACUAUUUAAAACCUGGAAAUAGGCAAAAGUUGGGUGUCAUGUCUUUUGGUGUCAUCCUGGGGCAUUAAUAGGCUCAUACAAAGAUCAUGUAAUCAUCUAGGGGAAUGUAUCAGUGUUUGUCUUUGGUUUUUAUCAUUAAUCAUUAAUCGUUUUCUGUGAAGUUAUACGCGAUUUUUUCAGUAGAAAAGGUAAACCCAAAGAUUACAGUUCUAUUGCCCCUAGGAUAUUAACUACUUUUUUUCUCUAACUCAGAAAACUUAUUUACAACUGUCUUUCCUGGUGGAUAACAAAUAACCAAUUUUCCAAUGCUCUUUGAACCAGCUUUACAAUUCUAGCAGUUCCAUCACCAAUUAAUUAUUGAAUAAAUUCUUUGAUUUCUGAGUCAUGUUUAUGACUUUAUGAAAAUUAUACAAUCUUGCCUUACUUUUAAAAACAUAGGUUUAAUAAGAGGAACUUUAUAUUAAUUAUAAGUAGAAAACCUUUUAUACUAGGUAAUUUAAAAGAUAAAUACGUUAAAAAUUCCAUGUUCUUAACAUAAAAUUAGGAAACACUGAAAUACUAGUCAUAAUAUGCCUAAGUAUCUUUUCCCCUGUAGAAGUGAACAGAAGCCUAAAGAGAGGAAGAGACGUUUUCUAGACCAUCCAGAUAGGACUGGGGUCAGAUCCUCUAUUCUAAAUUCAAAGCUUUUCUUAUAUCCAUGGAUCCCCUUCUCAUUUUGUUAGUGUGCUCAUCCACAUAGCUGAGUACCCUCCAGCUUCUGUUUAAUCAAAAAGUCCUUGGCUGGCAUUUCCAUUGCCUCAUUCUCUCUAUGAACCUUUGUAACCCAUCUCCUUCUCCACCCACCUUUCUGACUCUUUCUGUCUGGUUUCAGUGACGAGUCCCUAUGAUGGAGUGCAGAGUUCUUUAGCCAGAGGGAAAGAAUCCCCUAAAAAGCGAAGGUUGGAGGAGAUUUGGGAAAGUCAGGAUGUUUCCCCAGGAGUCCUUCUCCCAAAAUGGCCUUUGCUUCCCCUCAUCAGGAUCCCAUGUGUCCUCCCACCACAUACAUCUCUGUGGGGAAAAAAUCCACAGGGCUUUGGCAUUUUGCCCUGGUUCACACUAGGAAAUGUCACAAAGGACGACCUGAUUGGGCUUACUUCUAGGCUUAGUUUAGGGGUUUUGCUUUGUGUCUUGCUCGCUCUGUUAAUCGGCGUGUUCUCCUUCUGAGGAGCCACUAGGGUAGAGUCUCUCUGACCUUAGUAUCAUCUGAGUGUGAAGAAGUUCAACUAUGGAUUUUCUGCAAGAGAAAAGAACAAAACAAAACAAUACAGUAUUGUAAAUGGAAAACUGUUUCAUUUGACUCGGGACGUGUCUGCCUUGGUUUGAGUGUGAAAAGAGAGAUAUGAACUUUUGUUUCCCUCAUGAGGCCUCUGUGCCCCAGGGUUUCUCACUAUUUAAGGUUGUUUAAGCACUAAUGUUGAUUUUGAGGUUUAAAGAUGCAAUUUUGGUUUAUCAUAGCCCUGUUUAUAAUAUUAUGUCCAUUACUGUACACAUUAUACAUACAUAUAUUUGCCUUAUGCAUAAGGUUGUCCACACCUAGCCAUGGAGCUGUACUUCAUGAGUGAUUAAAAGGAUUUCCAGGUUAUUUUGACCACACAUAAAUUUUGCCUGCCUAAGAACUGAACUCAGUGUAAGAUGGGACUACAUUCUAUUGGCAUUGCUAUGGAGAAACAGGUUUUUUUUAAUCUUACUCUCUCCUUGGAACUGUUUCUCUGGUUCAUUGCUACUUAUUAAGUCAAAGCUCAAGUUCUCUCUCUAGUCCAAAUGGAAUAUUUUCAUUAUUUGGUUUCAUGAAGUCCUGUCCCUUAAUUUUGUAGCAGUUAUGUCAAUUUACGGUUGGUCCUGAUUAUUUGAUUAAUGUCUGAGUCUUCUGCAGAAUAUAAAUUCCAUGGGGGACAUGUGUCCCCAAAGCCCAGGGUUACUGUAUGUAUCAUAUCAUGGCUACUUAAUAAAUAUUUGUUGAAUGAA